AAAAGGUUGGCAUUCCUUUAGUUUUUGUUUUGAUUGUGUUCGCACGUGUUUUGCUAAAUCUGCGUAAGAAAAACUUAAAUUUAGAACAAUGUCCGACAAAUAUGCUGUGCCCAACAAAUUGCCUGGCAAAACAGUCUCCGUGCUGAAGCACCGCAAGCGGCGCAUUCAACAGGAUAAAUCGGUCCUUGAACAGAAACGCACAGAACGCAUUAAACGCCUAAAAAAAGCAAAGACACAUCAUAAAUUCCGACGCGCCGAGUCCUUUGUUAUGGGCUACUUAAAAGCUGAACGGACAUCCAAGCGAAUCAGACAAACAAUUCUGCGCACAAACGUCACAGAGCAAAGCGCCAAAGCAGCUGCCGACACGAAUCAUAAAUUACUUUUGGUGAUGCGGCAUGCAGGCAAAAAGAUCUUCGACAAGACGACGUCGGAAAUAUUUAAGACUCUGCGCAUGGGACAACGGCACAAUGCUGUAUUUCUGGAAAAUAACAAGGAGAAUCAAUUGCUAUUGCGUGUGAUUGAGCCCUACGUCGUCUACGGAUUUCCAACACUUUCCACCAUACGUGAGCUGCUCUUCAAAAAAGGCUUUGCAAGCAUCGAUGGAAAAAAGACGGCCAUACAGUCGAACACAAUGGUGGAGGAGCAGUUGGGCGAUAAGGGUGUCAUCUGCUUAGAGGAUAUAAUACACGAGAUCUAUACAGUUGGUCCAAAUUUUGCAGCUGUAAAUGAAUUCCUGUGUUCUUUCAUGCUUUCAAGUCCACGUGAUGGCUGGAAGAAGAAGGUCUCCGUGUCGUUCAAGCGGGGCGGCGAAUAUGGCGAUCGCGGCACUGGCAUAAACGAGUUGAUUGCACGCUGCCUCUAAAAAAGAUUAAUCUAGUACACUUUUAAGUAAAUUCUUUAAAGCGAACACAGCAGAAAUAUAGUUAUAUAUAUGUAUAUAAGUUUAUAAUACACAUUUGCAAGUGCCGAA